GCUCGGCCCCGCGGCGCUCGGAGAGGCAGCCAUGGGCACCGCGCGCUUGCUCGCGCUGGGCAGCCUGGUUGCCCUGGCCGGACUGCUGGAAGGCCGGAUCGUGGGCGAGGAGGAGGCCGGCUUUGGCGAAUGUAACAAGUUCUUCUACGCCGAGACCCCUCCGGCGGGCCUGGCGGCCGAUUCCCACGUGAAGAUCUGUCAGCGCUCCGAGGGCGCGGAGCGCUUCGCCACGCUCUACAGCACCCGGGACCGCAUCCCCGUGUACUCUGCUUUCCGCGCGGCGCGACCGGGAGCCGGUGGCGCCGAGCAGCGCUGGCUGGUGGAGCCGCAGAUCGAUGACCCCAACAGCAACCUUGAGGAGGUGAUUGAUGAAGCUGAUGCCAUCACCUCGGUGAACAAUCUGGGAAGUAAGCAAGCCUUGAAUACAGAUUACCUAGAUUCUGAUUAUCAAAGAGGACAGCUGUAUCCAUUCCCCCUCAGCAGUGAUUUCCCGAUGGCCACAUUCACUCUCACAAAUGCAGCUCCGAUGACCCCGUCCUUCAGGGAACGGUGGUACAUGAAUCUCAACAGCCUAAUGGACCAGGCCUUGGUCCCUCAGUGUGGCAAUGGGGAAAACCUGUAUAUCAUCACAGGUGCAGUGCCCUCAGACCACAAAGUUAAAGACAAAGUGACGGUCCCUAAGUUUGUUUGGCUGGCAGCCUGCUGUGCUGUUCCUGGAGGCUGGGCUAUGGGCUUUGUCAAGCACAUCCAGGACGGUGAUGUCAUAGAAGAUGUGAUGGUGAAAGAUCUUGAGAAACUGCUUCCAUCUAACCCUCAGCUGUUCCAGAACAACUGUGGUGAAACUGAGCAAGACACAGAGAAAAUGAAGAAAAUCCUGGAAAUGGUUAACCAAGUCCAGGAUGAAGAGCGAACGGUGCAAUCUAAAGUGAUCCCUGUUCCUCUCUCCAGCACAAAGAACAAGAGGUCUGCUGUUUUGUCUCCAGAGGCACCUGAGGAAAGUAGUAGUAGCCUUUUGGGAAAACUGAUGGGCAUCAUUGCUACCCCAUUCAUCAAGCUUUUCCAAUUGAUUUGUUACGUUAUGGUGGGAGUCCUGAAGUACACUGUCUGUUUCCUGUGGUACCUUACCAAACAGGCGAUAAACGGCAUAGAAAGUUGCCUUUACCACCUGGGCUCAGCCACCGUCUCAUACUUCAUGGCCAUUGGGGAAGAGUUGGUGAGCAUUCCCUGGAAGGUGCUCAAGGUCACGGCCAAGAUCAUCAGGGCCAUUCUCCGGAUCCUUUGUUGUCUGCUGAAGGCUGUUUGCCGUGUUCUGGGCAUCCCUGUCCGGGUGAUUGUGGAUGUGGCCACUUUCCCUGUGUAUACUGUGGGUGCUAUUCCGAUUGUGUGCAAGGACAUUGCUGUGGGCCUUGGUGGCACUGUGUCUCUGCUAAUUGACACUGCAUUUGGCACUAUGGUUGGUCUGUGUCAAGUUAUUUUUGGUAUCUGCAAACGGAUCGGCUACAGGAUUGCUUUUGACAAUUCUGGGGAGCUAUAGAACUCAAAAAACUAAUAGUGUUCAGCCACAGUGAAUUUGAUUUUUUUUUUUUCAUAGAGAAAUCUGGAAUGUUUUAUCUUUACAGUGGGCUUCUGUCGAGUCAAUGAUUAUAGUUGACCGCUGGUGGGGUAUCUGUCUGUUUUAGCAAAGGAAGAUGGUACAGUUUAGACUUGAUCCAAGAGAGACGUUCAGGGUGGGGUUAUGUGUAGGUAAUCUGCUGUGUACCUCCGGUGAUAUGUGCAGACUUUCAAGCCAUUAAUAAUUUCAGUUAUUCACUGAUAUAGAUGAGCUCUGAGAUACUCUGGUGUUCAUUUAUGAUGAUUAAAAAUUAUAGGGGUGUAGACAACUUUGGAAACCCUGGUGGCAUAGUGGUUAAGUGCUACGGCUGCUAACCAAAGGGUUGGCAGUUCAAAUCCACCAGGCGCUCCUUGGAAACUGUAUGGGGCAGUUCUAAUCUGUCCUAUAGGGUCGUUAUGAGUUGGAAUCGACUCGACGCCACUGGGUUUGGUUUGGUUUUGUUAGACAACUUUAAAAUUAUAGGGAAGAAGACAACUUUAAACCAAAGGGUUUUUGAGAAAAGAGGAAGGGAAUCUUGUUCCCCUCAUUACUCCCUGAGGCUCUAGAUAAAACUGAAUAAAUAUCCCUGGCCAAUUUGUUAGCAAUUUCUGCUUUUUCUCCUCAACCCAACUGAACUUGGUGAAAUGCAGACAAUGCCUCUCUACUGAGAUAACUUUCUAGGCUGGGAUUAGAAAGCCUGCUGUAUCUGUUAGCUUUCUGUGGUUUCCAAGUUAAACCUUGCUGCAUUUUUCUUUUCAAUAACGUUAAGCAUUUUUGUUACUCUGUACUUUGCCAGAUGUGGCAUGACUAAGUGAGAAUAUAAGAGCAAAGAUUUUCUUGCCCCUUGAACAGUGUAAUACAGUCCUCUCAGGUGUAAGGAAGAGAACUCAAGGGUGGGAGCCCUUGGACAUUUUCAGCCAAUCUUGGAUUCACUGGGUAUAUAUUAAAGCUGUAGUUGAGAAGGUUGAGUUCAAAGACCUGCAUGCUAAGCUAAUAUGUAUAUUCAUAUUCUGCAACAUACUAGAUCAACCUUUCUUAAUGCAUCGGGCAAGUACCCAGGAUGGUGAACCACUCAAACUUUUAGGCUUAAAUGAUUGUUUUGGUCUAAAUGUAUAGAAAAGAGCUGCACACACACACACACAAACUUAAAACAAAAAACUGCUCUAAUAAUUUUGAAAAAAAAAAACUGUAUAUAAAAAUACUUGAUUAAGAAUUAUUACCUCUUAGAAGAUUAUUUUUAUAGUGUGUUUGAGGUUGGAAAAGAUAGCUCUCCCAUUAAGACAAGUUCAGUUUGAGAGCUUAUCUUAAAUUUUUGGAUCAAGCACUUGUCAUUUUAAACCUUGCACUGAAAAUGGUAACAGGAGAAAGCAGAGCCUCCCAAACUUUGCUCUACCUUCCACAGCUGGGAUGGAAUCACCUAGAUUUUUCUGAAUGUUCUAAAGAGUGGCUGUGAGGCAAGAAAGGGCCAAGUGUAAAAUACCGGCUUGAGGGUGCAGGCCACCAGUCAUCAGAAAGGUAGAUGCAAAAAUUAGAUGUUGAGAAAGACAGAACAUUCAAGGAGAGAACAAUGGGUCAGCCAUUUGCAUUGGGUUGGUCAAUGAGAACUGUUAGUACAGUGGGAAUUAAUGUUGCAGAAAGAUAGUUGAAUUAGACCCAAAGUAGAGCAGCAGCCAAUGAGCUGCCAUCCUGAUGGAUGUGUGAUGCAAGUUUGGGGAGUAUGAACACUAGAUCAGUACAUGAUAGGGAGAUAGGCACUAGAUUUAUCUAAUAAUUUUAAGCAGUAUUUUAUAAACACUCAUGUUUGUGAACAUAAAAGUCUGUCAGUGGGCCUGCCUUCAUUUCAGGCAUGUGAAGGUAAACGAAAGGGUGAGGUUUUACCUUGGUAAUGAUGAUGGAUGAAAGAAAGGAAAUCUCAGAUGUGACCCCAGAGACAGUCUGGUUAAACCUUCAUCUGAUAAGGAAUCUGGGGCACAAGGAGGCAACCGGCUUGCCCUCAGUUUCAUGACUAGCUGAUGGCAGAUCAGGAGCCAAGUCUUUUGCACAUAUCCUGUCACACCUGGGAUGUCAGAUACGUGGCAUGCGUGCUGCUAUUCACCUGCCUCCCUGACCAUAGCAAAAUUCUCAAAUUCAUCAAAAAGACCCAGGCCCUGACUAAUCAAUUAAAUUUGGCAUGUGUCAUGAAGACAUUAGAUUCCCAUGCACAAUAUCAUACUGUUGCAUCCCGUGGGAUCCAUUAUUCCCUCAUAGUACGUAUUUGCGUUCUGAAAGGCCCAAAGGAGGCACCCACAGCAGCCUGAGUCCCCAGGGACCAUGCAAGGGACAGUGCACCCAAACCAUUCCUUUGUGGAGCUGCUUGGAAAUGUCCUCUUUUAGAGUUUUUUAGUGUCUAUUUAUUUUUACAUGACCAUUUUUGGAAUCUGGGAACGGACAGUAAAGCAAAAAAUACCCUUACGGCUAGGUGGCUGAGGCUCCUCUGGACUGCUAGUGUUGGCUGUGCCUCUGAAACAGGCUGUAUUGGGCCUGGAGCCCAGCAGGUGGCUGAACUGCUGACCUCGUCCCAGUGAGCUACACUGGGCCUUGAGGCAGGAGUUCAGGUUUAUUAACCCCAUUUUUUUUUCUGGCUUGAGGAGUUUGCUAUGGCUGUGUUACAUCCUCAGGCCCUUGGGGAGGACAGACACCUCUUCAUGCUUAUGAAACUGACGUUCUUGUCUGUGGUUCAGCCAUACCUUUGGACACUCCUCUUUUCACUUGGGCCUUUUGAAUGGUGUUUUCUCACUCAGCAUAAGCACUUCCCCCUAAAUGCAGACUAGGGAUUUGAGAGAAGGAACCAAAGUGAAGUACUCUUCAUUUGUUCAAUCAUCCAUUCAUCUAUCAAACAUGUGCUGAACACCAGGGUGGCAGAGAUGAACAGCGCAUGGAUCCCAUCUUUGAGGAGUUCAAAAUCUAGUGGGAAGAAGCGAUGGCACAAUAGAUUCCUGUAACAUAUCCUGGUAUGUGCUGCAGUAAGAGUACCAGAAGCAUGUUCUCUGGAGUACAGGAGAAAAAGCAACAAAACCAGGGAAUCAGAGAAGGCUUUACAGAGAAUGUGACAAAAGUCAAUUGGAUAUUUUGAAGCUAUGUGCAAUGCCGUGGACCUUGCAGAUGAUCAAUAAAGUAAUUAUUGACAA